AUGAAGUUCUUCGCCGCUCUCACCAUUGCCGGCGUCGUCGCCCCGGCCCUUGCCGUUCCCGCUGCUCCCGUCGUCCCUGAUAUCCUCGGAAACAAGGGCUGCACUGUUCCUCCCAAGCGAGUCGAGUGGCGCGAACUCGGCGCUGCCAACCAAAAGUCCUACCUCGACUCUGUUCUGUGCUUGAAGACCAAGCCUUCUCGUAUCGGCCUCAAGUCAUCUCUCUACGACGACUUUCCCUACGUCCACUUUAAGCUCAACGACUGGAUCCACGGUGGUGCUCCUUUCCUUCCUUGGCACAGAUACUUUGGUGUUAUCUACGAGCAAGCUCUCCGCGACUGCGGCUACAAGGGCCCCGGAACCUACUGGGACUGGACAAAGGAUGCCGAGAAGGGUCUCUUGAGCUCUCCCCUCAUGUCCAAGACCGCCUUCGGUGGUAACGGGGACCAAGAGGACAGGGAAUGGACAGCCAGUAGCGGUCUCCAGUGUGUCAGGGAUGGUCGAUUCUCAAAGCUCCGACCCGAGUACCUCGAGGACGAGCCCAAGGUUCUCUCCAGCGGCGGUCACUGCUUGUUCCGCAACAUGCCCGAGGUCACCGAGCCCGAGGCUUACAAGAUGAUGGUUCCCACCAUCACCCUCAAGGGCAUCAACGAGCUCCAAAAGGCCGGCAACUGGUCCUACUUCCACACCGCCACUGAGGGCGGUCCUCAUGGUAGCAUCCACGCUUCUCUCGGCGGAGAGAUGAACCCUACUACUUCUCCCAACGAGCCUCUCUUCUUCAUGCACCACGCUCAGAUCGACCGUGUCUGGUGGCAAUGGCAGCAGAAGAACGCCAGCCGCUUUGCUGAGUACGAUGGUCAGGGUAUGCUUUACCCUAAGAGAGACCAAAUCAACGUCAAGCUCGACGACGUUCUCCCCAUGUUUGGCCUUGCCAAGGAUGUCAAGGUUCGCGAUGUUAUGAACCCCUCCAAGGGUCCUCUUUGCUACCGCUACUAA